CUGCCUAACAAGAAAAUAAAACCAAAAACACAUCAGAUUAAGAAAUGUUAACUUACAUUUGAUUCAUUUUUGUGUAAAUGUAGGUAUAAAAGUAUGAAGCGGACACUAUAUGCACUGAUCUUUUUUCACGUGACCUUACAACUGGCACGUGGUCUUACACAAUCAGAACUAAACUAUAUAGCAAACAACUUAGAUGUGCGGGUGAAAAUAACUGACAAUCUCAGAUAUGACGGCAAGAAACAUACAAUGAUUAUAACAUUAACUAACAAAGGAGAUCGGGCAAUGAACAUGAAUAAUGUAGAGAUGUUUUUCCACAGUUUCUUCAUGGUGGAACCGGACUAUUUACCCGACCCUCGGGGAUACAGAUUAGCGGACUAUAAUAUAAGAUUGCAUCAUGUUAACGGAAUGUUGUUCCGCGCAGAAUUUUUGCGCAGAUUUGGUCUUCUGCUACCAAACGAACCAAGGGAGCUCAAGCUUACUAUUCAAGACUGGGCGGUGUCAAAAACGGAUGUGCCAAAUAAUUGGUACGUGACAUCAGACGGAUUGAGCGCCAAAACUCUGGCAGCUACAGCGGUUGAAGAUCAGUCCUUCGUUGAAGAUUUCACGGAUCCGAAUCAGUACAAACGCUAUCGUAAUGAUCAGUACAGUCCAUUCACGCCUUUAGAACGCUUUGAUAACAUAAAGGUAGACGAUUUGGGUAACAGAGCAGUUAGCUAUGCUGUCUUACCGACACCGAGAGAGGUUGGCUUUGAUACAUCCAGACCCGUGAGGAUAGACAAUACAUGGACCGUAUCAGGAGCUCCGAGUCUUGUAAAUGAAGCCACUUUCCUAGCAACAAAGCUUGGGCUGCCGUCAAUUGAAACGCCUACUGCAACAAAUUCCAUUAUUUUGGAAAUCGGAAACACCGGAUUUGCCGACGAAGAGUCUUACGUCAUCAAAUCACUAGAUUGUGCUGACGUCAUCUCCAUUAAAGGUCAAGGACCAGCAGGAGUAUUUUAUGGUAUUCAGACGCUCCUGAGUCUUUUAACUAUCAAUGGCACAGUUGGCUUUAGACCUCUUCCGGGUAUCCAUGUUGUCGAUACACCUAGAUUCGAGUAUAGAGGCGUGCAUCUGGACGUUGCCCGUAAUUUCCAACCCAAAGAGACAGUUAUGGAUCUUGUAGAAACAAUGGCCCAGUACAAGCUUAAUAAACUACAUCUACAUCUAUCUGAUGACGAGGCGUGGCGACUAGAAAUACCGCAACUUCCAGAAUUAACAACUGUUGGAGGUCGGAGAUGCCAUGAUUUGAAAGAGCAGAACUGUAUUAUUCCCCAGCUUGGAUCAGGACCGUUACCCCGAGCUCCCGGUUCCGGAUACUACCGACGUGAAGACUACCGAGACAUUUUACGGCUUGCCGCAAAACGACACGUAGAAGUUAUCCCAGAAUUCCAAAUGCCUUCUCACGCUCAUGCAGCGGUAAAAGCAAUGGAGGAACGAUUCCGGAGUAAAAAUGACAUUGACCAUCUUCUAACGGAUUUAGAAGACAAUUCAAAUUACUUAUCCGUGCAGAUGUUUUCUGAUGACGCAAUGAAUCCUUGUAUUGAAUCAACAUACAACUUCAUGAAAACUGUCAUUCAAAGCAUCAAAAAUAUGCAUAUUGGCAUUACACCACUUCAGAUCUUCAAUUUAGGAGGUGAAGCCGUGCCAGAAGGAGCAUGGGUGAAUUCAACGGCAUGUCGUAAAGCGUUUCCAAAUGUCGCACCAGAAGACUUACCAGUUUAUGCUAAAGCUUACUUUAUGAGUCGCCUGGCGAAAAUGGUUAUAGUGGACGAAGGACUACGGUUGGCAGGUUACGAGGAUGCUUUUUUCUUGAAUGGAGAGCCUCUUCCGGGUGGAUCAGAAAAUCUAUUGGUAUAUCCUUACCAGAAUGUCUGGGAGUGGGGCCUAGCAAACAGAGCAUACAAGCUCGCUAACGCCGGAUAUCCCGUCGUCUUAUCUCCAGUCACACAUCUUUCUCUGGAUCAUCCUUAUGAGCCGGACCCGAAUGAAAGAGGUCUUUACUGGGCAUCGAGGUAUUUGGACACAAACAAGGUAUUUUCACUACGUCCCGACAACCUGUAUGAUAACAUUGACGUCAAACGUUCUGGAGAGCCUCUCACACGACAGGAUGUAUGUGGCGUCAAUGACGUCAACUGUGAUCCGCUACUUAAACCGGAAAAUAUUAAAGGUAUUCAGUCAUUUGGUUGGACUGAACUGAUCAAGGAUAAGGAUACUCUACAGUUUAUGAUGUUCCCGCGGUUAAUAGCGCUAGCAGAGAGGGCGUGGCAUAAAGACGUCUUUGAGAACACCACUAUUCAACCUGACAGAGAAUAUGAGAAGUUCGCGAACAAAGUCGGCUACCGAGAAAUGCCGAGACUUGACAACGCUGGAGUUAAAUAUCGAAUACCACCUCCAGGUGUCGCCAUUGGAACAAACAACAACAGGGACUUCCAAGUUACGAUGAAAUCCGAGUUUCCGAAUCUACCUCUACAAUAUAGUUUUGAUGGCGGUAUCACGUGGUCUGAUUAUACCAGACCGUUUAUACUAAAGGAUGUCAAUCAAGUUGUACACCUGAGAACGCUAUCUACCGAUGGACUUCGUUCAAGCAGAUUGACAAAGUUUGCCAUUAACGAAAUAAUUGGGAAAAAGAAAUAGGUCGUUUGUCUGUUUGCUACUUUCUAAAUUGUUUCGUGAUUAAAAAAAAUGAGAUUCCAUUUUCAUGUUAAUAAACUGUUUAAUAAAAUAAAAGUUGGGAUAAUAACCGGAAAAAGUAAUUAAGGGUAAGAGUAAACCCAGAGUGGCAUGGCUGCUGAAAUAUAUACUUUAUGC